AUGGCCCGAAGGCGAAAAUCUAUGUCGCCCAAGUCACCAACGAGCGCCGAGUCCAUCCACGAGACGCGGACCAAAUUGUUGAGGCAGGCCAUUGAGUACGCAAUUGAGUCCUGGAAUGUUGACAUCAUCGUCCUGCCCUUUGGGUUCGCGUCGGUCAAUCGUAAGAUGAUGAAGCCCCUGGCCGAGACUCGGAAAAUGAACAAGCCAACGAUUGUCAUUGCUGCUGCUACAACUAACGGGUUCAACUCAGUCAGAGGAUACCCGGCCACCAGUCCCCACGUCAUUGCAAUACAUGCGGUUGAUGGCCAGGGGAGACAUUGCGGUCUUGCUCCGUCCCCGAAAGCUGGCGACUACAACUUCUCUGUGGUCGGCGCCGGGUUAAAAGCCCCUUGGACUAAUAAAGAGACAGAAAAGAGCCUUGAAAAUGGUAACACGUAUACGGCAGGAAUUGUAGCGGGCAUUGCAGCUUCUUUCCUCCACUUUUUGAGGAUAUCACUCAUCCAGGACGAUCCCAGACUCAGUCUGAGCCCUGAGGACCACAGGUGGCUUCGAUCCACAGACGGCAUGCGAGAGAUGCUGCAUUUGAUGUCGACUCCGAUUGAUGGAUACAGCUUUCUGACGCCAUGGGCAGUAUUUGGCAAGAAGAGCGAGCCAAAAGAUAUCUUAGAGAUAAUCAAGAUGACAGUUGAUAAAAGACGAGGGAGGGAGGUACGGAUGCCAAAACCCAGCGCCGAGAGCAGUCGCAGCUCGUCAUGUGACUGA